GGUAGUGUAGACACGAAACAGGACAUAAAUAUUGUGAAUAAUAAAAAUAUAUCCAGAAGUGAUUUAGUUUAGUUUAAAAAGUGAAAAUGUACAGUCAAUCAUACGAAGAAACACCAAUACCUUUAGUAGCAAAUUAUACAAUAGUUAAAGGCGACGAUGAAGAGAAGAGAGAAGAGGAUCGCGUUAUUCUAGAAAUAGGACGUCCAGAUGACAGGCCACGUGAAGAAUUCACAUUUUCACAUAAGAAAUACGACAAGACGAUAUCACAUCACCGAUCUUACGUUUUAGAUGAAUAUUUGGAGCCGAGGAGAGUCACUUAUUUCAGACCUCAUGAGUUGGAGUCGUUACCACAAGAAGGUUUCCGUUAUAAUGAGUACGAGGGCUACAGAGACGCGAUGGUAGCACAGGACGCGGCCAACUCCGAGUCAUCGCUGGACUUCUCGCACGAGUCCCAGGAGAACAGCAAAUAUGAUGACCACCAGUCUGACGUCACCAAUUGGAAAGAGAGAGCAUUACAAAUGGAGAAAGAAUAUAAGAAAACAGCAUGCGAUAGGGAACGGACCCGCAUGCGUGACAUGAACCGCGCUUUCGACUUGCUGCGCUCCAAGCUGCCAGUCACAAAGCCUUCCAAAAAGAAAUAUUCAAAAAUCGAAUGUCUCAGGAUAGCGAUAUGUUACAUCAGACAUUUAGAGCACAUGUUAUCUGGAGGAGCUCCGGAAGAGAAUCCAGCAUUUUUCGAGAUACAAACCACGGAGAGGCAAAGGCAGCAAAGGUAUUGAAAUAAUUCAAGGAUAGAUAUUAAAGAAAGGUAAAAACAGAAGUCAUAGAGUGUGGAGAAAAUUUUUAGAGAUUAUAUUUGGGUAUUUAAAAAAAAUGUUUUCUGGACUGGACUGGACAAUUUAAAUGCCGCUAUGUUAUACCUAAUUUAUAUUUAUAAUCGUUUCCCCGGCGUUGCAUUCCUACAAGUUGUUU